CUGGAAUCAACUGGUGGCGUGCAGCGAUGGGAGACCGACGAGACUACGAUCGGCGUGAUCGACGCUCAAGCAGUGACGAACGUGGCGGGUACAGGGGACAUGAGAGGUCUUAUGAUCGAAGAUCAAGGUCACCUAAGAAGGAGGAGCACGAUGUGACGAAGCCAGGUCUGACGGAGGAAGCGAAGGCACUACAGCAGAAAAUCGACGAACUUAAUAAGAGUCUGGCAUCGGUAUCAGAGUUUGUCGAGAAAGAAAAACUGAAGAAAGCGGAAGAGGAACGUUGGAAGAAGGAGGCGGAAGAGGAGGAACAACGACUGAUCAGGGAAAAAGAGGUACGUGAAAAGAAAGCUAGGAAGAAGUUGGCUAAGCAGCAGAAGGAGGUCGAAUGUGAGGCGACGAUGGAGGAACGCUUGGCACUGCGUUUGGCGACGAAGACCGAUGACUUCUUCGAUCGAGUGCAGACGGAAUUAGGGCCAGCGAUUGCUCUGACACGCAAAGCGAAGGCGAAGAAAAAGAAGAUCGUGGUGCUGUCUGAAAGCGAAUCUGACUCAGAUCAGGAAUAUGAGGGGAGCGUGACUGAAAGCUUGAGUAAGCAGACUCGGAAUUUGACGAUUACGGAGAAACGAAAGAGGGGGUCUGAACCAAGCUUCGACGACAGCCCACCUGUGUUGACCCCUGCGAAGACUCCGAGAUCAACCAAGACCAAAGCGGGAGAAGGAUAGUGUCGCCUCACGAAGUUGAAAGGGAAGCUGAAGACGAAAUUAUCUCCUUAUUUUCCACGGAACAAGCAGAGUCCACGGGCAACGACUACUCUGGCUAAACUUCGA